AGAAUAUGCUGAAGUUAUUAGUACUGGCUGCGGUUGUUUGCGUUGUAUCGUCGCUUGGCAUCGGCCGAACCCAAUCGUCUGGUGUGUCCGGCAAGUUGAUCUGCGAUGGAAAACCAGCUGCUGGUGUCACUGUCAAGCUGUACGAUGAUGACAGAGGUGUUGACGCUGAUGACUUGAUGGCAUCUGGAAAGACCAACUCAAAUGGUGAAUUUGAACUUCGCGGCUACACCGAGGAAUUCACUCCUAUUGACCCCAAACUCAAUAUUUAUCACGAUUGCAAUGAUCUCAAGCCUUGCCAACGAAAAUUCACCAUCAAGAUUCCGGAUAGCUAUAUCACCUCAGGAAAGACUCCCAAGAAGAUCUACGAUGCUGGAACGAUUCAACUAGCCGGCAAAUUCCCAGGAGAAGAACGAGAUUGCCUUCACUAAACGUGUUCUUGUAAUUUUCUGAUACGGUAAUUUUUAUUCGUGUGUAAUUGUAUGCAUGUAUGAUAAUCGUAC